UAACUCCUCGCUAAGAGAUAGGAAAUCCUCCUUUUCUACAGCCAGGCUUCUGCUGUGUAUAAGUCAGCGCUACACGAGCGCCAUCUGCUGUCAUCUUAACGGUAUAUCCGCCUUAGCGUCCACAUGUUUGAACCUCGGUUGCCUGGAUACCCGCUCGGUACGUCACUUCCGGAGUCGGUGUUGCCCGGUAACCGAAUCAGCUGCGUCCCUGGCUCAGGUGGGACUGAGAGCGGUGUGUGUCCCCCGGUAGUGACGACAUCGCACAGGAGGGGAGACGCCAUGCUGGUCAGUCAGAGGAGCCGACCCCGCUGCAGGGAGGUGACGGGUCCGGCCCCGCACAAUGUGGCGGUGAAAGCCAAGCUUCCUUCCAGCCGACCACACGACUACAUCACCCUGGAGAGAAGACGCCGCGAUGAAGUCCGGGACCAGAUGCUGGACUUCACCAAAGACAUAGACUUCAAAGAGAUGAAGAGCAAAUGGGAGAGGAUCACAGACCGGAAGAUGCUGCACAACAGGGUGCAGAGGAAGGUGUAUGAGACCAUGGCAGAGUACAGGAUGCACAUAGAGGAGCGGAGAGACCGACUUAAGGAAUUGUUGGAGACAGAAGAGCUGGAGCACAUAAAACAGAUGGAGUCCAUGGAGGAGACCACCCUGGAGAGACAAGCUAAGAUGAGAGAGCGGGCUAAGAGUCUGAGGGAGAAAAGGGAGAAAGAAAGGCUAGCAAUCGUGGCAGAGAAGCGUGAUCAGCAGUUCAGGGAACAGUGUGAAGAGUUACGAGCUCUAAAGUCAAAGAUGCAUCGGGAUGAGGUGUGUACAGAGAGGAUGGCGCAGCUGGUACUGAAGGAAGAACUGGAGAAGCAGAGGAAGGAGGAGGACAUGCUCUUUGCCGAGCUCUGGGAGAGGGAUAGACUGGCCAAAGUAGAACACGAGGAGAAGAAAACCCAACGGCAGAUGGAGCUGAACAGAGAAAUGGUAGAUGUUCUGCAAGCCCAAAGGGCCGCUGCCGAGGCUCAGAGGAUGGAAGAGAAGAGGCUGAAAGAAGAGGAGGCGCACUUACUGGUGGAGCAGCGGAAGCUGAUGAAGCUUGAGGAUGAACGCGCUCUGCGGGAGAAGCAACAGAAGCAGUCACAGGUCAGGAACAUGUUGGAUCGUUCUGUCCGUCUUAAGAUGAAGCGUCUGGCCCAAGAACAGCAGGAGGAGCUAGCUCUAGACAUGAAGAUCAUGGAGCAAAUUAUGCAGGACAGUCACGAUGACACUGAGGAGAAACGCCUGCGCAAGAUGGAGCUACAGAGAGAGCAGCAGAUAUACAGGCAGUACCUGGCACAGCAGCUGGAGGAGGAGAAGAGGCAAGAAAAGGAGAUGGAUAAAUUGAUUGAGGCAGAGCUGGAAAAAUCCUGGGCAAAGCGGGCAGAACAGCUUCGUCUGGAGAAGGAGGCCCGGAACCGCCUGAUGAAAGACGUCAUGGAGACCAGAAGACAACAGAUUACAGAGAAGUUGGAGCGAAAUGCCAAAGAACAGGAAGAACUUGCACAUGAUAAAGAACUUCUGGAAAAGGCGAUUGCUGAACACAAACAGCUUGAAAUGGAAAGAAAUGCAAGGCAAAUGAAGAGCGCCAAGCAGUAUCAGCAGCAGCUCCUUUCCCAGGUAGCCUAUCAUCAGCUACAGCGGGAGGCCGAAAAAGAGAUGGAGCAGAGCGAAUACGAAGCUGGAUUACACGCCGAGAGGUCCUAUCAGCAGAAGCUGCAGGAUAUCCUCUCCAGACCUUAUGUCCGGCAGGAACAUAUUCAUCCCCUGAGGAGGACGCGGAUCUCCAGCCCCAAAGACUGGUUACCACAGUGACCGUCCCCAAAUGAUUCUCCAUACCAGGCAGCAGAUUCAUCACUGAUCACUUCUGUUGUUGAAUACACAUAGACCCAGUGGGGGGAAGGGGGAUACUGAGAUGAUUUCAAGGUACACAGUUGCAGCAAAGUUUCAUUAAAGUCGAUUAAAGGGGUACUCUGGUGGAAUUUUUAUUUUUAAAACAACUGGUGCCAGAAAGUU